AUGGAAGAUCAAAGAUUUCAGACCAAAAUCGGCGAUGCUCCGGUGGCCGAGAAUAGUCUAAGCCGCUUCAAAGACAACGCCCACACUCCUUCUAGGGUGAUCGUCGAGUACCUCUUGAAAGAAGCUCCAGAGUUCAGAAAAUUAUCUGAAUUGCGCGAACAGGGAUGGAAUAAUCCAGAAGGCGAUCGAUUCUUCGAAAAACAGCGCCAGGCUGCCGACUACGCGGAUAAUAAGACGGCUAAACAAUUUUAUAAAAUGAUGAAAACCAUCGCAUGUAAUAUGCAUCAAGUGACUGGAGUCUUUCACAUCAAGAACCGCUCCCAGGAUGGCUGCUCUGUCCUAGACUUGUGCAUGGCACCGGGAGGGUUCUCGCGAUAG